CGCAGACGUUUGCCACGUCGCGCCAUGCUGUGACGUUUACCGUCUGGUUUUGCCUACUGUGAGCGACGAACGCUUGCUCGGGAUACGUGCGAUGGCUAGCAGGCUGGCGAGAGUGCCCAGAGGGCUUGUGAGUAGUGCACAGCGCACACCCUUGUUGCGCCCGUAUGCUUCCGUGUCGGCCGUUCCUGCGCCCCAGACGCAGAUCACGACUCUGCCGAACGGCUUCACAAUCGCAACAGAGUCCACCUCUGCGCCCACCGCCAGCUUAGGGUGUUGGGUCAGCUCCGGUAGUCGCGCUGACAUCAAGAGCGGAACAGCGCAUUUUCUCGAACAUGUAGCCUUCAAGGGCACACAGCGACGAUCGCAGCACGCGCUUGAGCUCGAAGUCGAGAAUCUGGGCGCCCAAGUCCACGCCUUUACCUCGCGCGAGCAGACGACCUAUUACGCCAAAUGCUUCCGCUCAGACGCGCCCCAGAUGGUCGAUCUGAUUGCCGACAUGCUGCUCUCGUCCAAGCUCGAGGAGUCUGCCAUCGAACGAGAGCGAGAUGUCAUCCUGCGCGAAUCUCAAGAGGUCGAUAACGAUCUCAUGGAAGUCGUGUUUGACAACCUGCACAGCAUUGCCUUCCAAGGGCAACCUCUCGGACAGACCAUUCUUGGGCCAAAGGAGAGCAUUUUGUCGAUCCAAAAAUCAGACUUGGAGGCCUACAUCAAGGAGAAUUAUGUGGCAGAUCGCAUGGUGCUCGUCGGCGCUGGCGGUGUGGACCACAAUGAGCUCGUCAAGCUCGCAGAGAAGCACUUUGGCUCCCUUCCCACCUCGGCCAACCCUUUGCCGCUCGGUCAGCUUGCGCCUGCCAAGAAGAGCGACUUUAUCGGCUCGGAUGUACGAAUCCGCGACGAUACCAUGCCGACGAUCAACCUCGCCAUCGCAGUCGAAGGCGUCGGCUGGUCUUCGCCAGACUACUUCAACAUGCUCGUCAUGCAGUCCAUCUUUGGUAACUGGGAUCGCUCCCUCGGCUCAGCCUCGCUGCUCUCCUCUAAGCUCUCGCACGUCAUCGGCCAGAACAACCUGGCCAACUCGUUCAUGUCAUUCUCAACAAGCUAUUCGGACACCGGUCUCUGGGGGAUCUACAUGGUCUCUGAAAACUUCAAGAAUCUCGAUGAUCUCUGCCACUUUACGCUCAAGGAAUGGCAGCGCAUGUCCAUUGCGCCUCUCGAGUCCGAAGUCGAGCGAGCAAAGGCACAGCUCAAGGCCUCGCUCCUCCUUGGCCUCGAUGGCACGACGGCGACGGCCGAGGAUAUCGGCCGACAGAUGGUGACCAGCGGACGACGGAUGACACCCUCAGAGAUAGAAGCAGGUGUGGAUGCAGUGUCGACGGCAUCGAUCCAGUCUGCGGCUCGCAAGUACAUCUGGGAUCGUGAUAUCGCCAUUGCGGCCAUUGGUCAGACAGAAGGUCUUUUUGACUACAUGAGGAUCCGUGCCGACAUGUCGUCGCUGCGAUUCUAGACAGGCGAAUGCCAACAGAUGUCGUGCCUUUGUGGUCAGACGAAUGCAUGACUUCCCUCAG